AUGUUUUCUUUCUCAAUUUCUAAAUUUUUGAAGCCUGACAGGGUCGUCCCUCAUGACGAGGAAACAUAUUAUAUGACUGAAGCUGAGGCCAAAGAGCUAACUCCCCCCCUCUGUGAGUGAACAAAACCAUUAGAAAAUCCCUAUUUUUUGCUCAAAAACCACCCUCAAUGAAUGAACAAAAAAUUUUUUUAAUAGAAAAAUUUUUUAUGGGAAAAGAUUUUGAUAUAUGAGUGAUAACUAUUAUCAUGAAAUCUCUAGCUAAUUCUGUUUAAUUUUAAACAAAUUGCGUUUUUAAAACAUAAAUUUUACAAAUUAAAUUAAUAUUUACCUUCCAAUUUUAGAGAAGUGGGAUUUUUUAAAAUUUCGAAAAAAAUGUUUUUUUAUAAAAUUUAUAUAUAAUAUUUUGGCUUAAUUUCUGAUCGACUCCCACGAGCCAAAAAUGGGUUUUCAUGUGGAAUUUCUGGAUUUUCACGCGUGAAAUCCAUCUUUGGCUCGUGGGAGCAGGUCAGAAAUUAAAGCAACUAAUUAUAUAAAAUUUUUUUAAAAAAAAAAUUAACCUAAAAAUAUUUUGCUCACUCACGAAGGGGAAGGGGGGAGUAAGUGUCGGCUUUAACCAACAACUAAAACAAUGCUCGGUCCAAAUAGAAGAAUUCAAUAAUAGAAAUCAAAGUCUAAAGGAAAAGCUCCUACAAACUUCAAAGAGAAACAAAAAAAUGCAGGAAAACACUGCACAGAAAGAAGAAGAGCUGAAGCAUAUGGAAAAUGAUUUAAUAAACAGAAAACAAUACCUAGAGCAACUGGAAGCACGCCUAAAUCAGUCCAGCCAAGACAUUACAAACGAAAACUGGAAAGAAGGCAUAGUAUAAUAAUAAAAUGGUCACGUAUAGAAUUAGUUCUUUUCUAAACUAUUCCCCUCUGCAGAUUUUCCAGUUUUUUAUCCACAAUGCUUAUAUGGAUCACCACAUAGGGUAUUUUAGCUGGCAAGAUAAAAGGAGGGAUAUGACUUUUACUGUUUGAUUCACCUGAAGAGGGUGACCUUAGGCGAAAUAUCAAGUUAAGAGCGAGGUCAAUGUGGCCAGUGAAGACUUUAUGACCUUUUUGGGGUGCCCUCUGGAUACUUGCUUGGCAAGCUGCCGGCAUCAUCAGCUGGGAGCUAAAAGGAGUUCUAAUAUUACACCCUGCAGAAGAGAAUGCUACUUUAAAAAAUCUGAAAUGAUUAAGAUUAAGAAAAGAAGACAUUGAACAAGCCAAAAUUUCUAUAGAAAAUUCCUCAUACGACCGCCUACGAACUAAUAUUUUUUCCCUCCUCAACCAUCUUAAAGAUCUUGAAGCCCAAAAACUUUCCUUGCAAACUGAAAAUGAAAUAAUCAACAAGAAAAUCACGGAAACCAAAGAAAAAGAAUACAGGCCUCUGGAGUGUAAAAACUGCAAAAGUAUUUUCAUUCCAAUCCAAAACCAUGAUAUGGCCUGCAGCUAUCAUCCUGGGAAGCUAAAAUAUUAUUCUUGCAGAGGCUGUGGAGAAGACGCCUAUAUGAACUGCUGCCUAAAAUGCAAAAAAUGCUCUGAAGGCUGUAAAAUCAGCCACCACGUUGCAUAACUCUCCCGAUAAGAAGCUAAAACAUUUGAAAACCUUAUAGAGCACACACAAAUUUUUUUUAUAAAAAAUCAUAAUCUCCUUUAAAAUUCACUAGGUCUUAAAGGGGUAGUAA